AUGUUUGUGACACUGAUCCCCCAAAAGAGUCAUCGAACGGUCUUCCGGCACAGCUGCCGAAGCCAUUCCCUUUCACAAUGCACCGAGCACAAGGAACCACCCAGCAGAGAGACUGACACACGCAAAGACAAAUGUGCGGUGUGGGCCCAUCGCAAAGGCACGUCCUCACUCCACGGCACGGCCCGCCAAUUCCUUCGCGUGCCUUCCUCGCGCCCUCUCAUUGGGCUGUGCCUCGGGCACACCGCCGGCAACUGGCCCCUUCGACGAGGCGAUUUUUGCGAACUGGCGUGUCGCGGCGCCAGACGGUGGUCGCGCCCUCCCCCAAUAAAAAUGAAAAGUGCCGUUGCCGCAAGGGAAGAAGUAAAAUCCAGCACGCAUUGCCGCCGAGGCAACGCCUUCCAGCAGCAGCCCUGA